AUGCAUUUUCUACACGCGCUUGUCGUCAUUGUUGCGACAUUGGGGAACAAUGUCGAUGCGAUUGCAGAGCGCGGCUUGGAGGCUAAACCGCAACGCAUCUUGAGGGCUGCGACGAAACGGUCCGAUCUAUAUCGAAGAGGCGUUCGCAUUACCAAGAGGUUCGAGACGGAAAUGGCUUAUGUUGAGAAUCAGAAUGCCUGGAGCGAUGCAUCGACUUUUGCUUCUCAGGUCAGGGUCAGCUCGCAGAAGCCAGUUUUUACCCUCGAAGAGUAUGAGCAUCACUUGAAAGCUGUCGAGUGUGGGAACAAUGCUAUGAAAUUGCAUUUUGUUGAUGCCUCGUCUGCCCGAGAUGCCCGAGCCGCCUAUGGUGAAGACGGUGGCUUGAUCAUCACUUCACAUGCGAGCUGCAAUGGCGAAGGCGAGCGCGAAGUUUAUCGUAUCACCGAUGUAUCCUUCGCCGAGGAUGGAGAAGCACUCGACCUAUCCGUCAAGAAGACAACAUGGCGACAGGCUUUUGACCGCAUGGACGUGACAUUCGGUCACACCACUGAUGACCACAUUGUUCGCCGCCAUGCCGACUUUGCCAUGAUCCGGAGCAAGCGCCAGAACAGGGUUGCCAUUCCUCAGAACGUAUCAGAAGACGUCAACACUGCUCUUUUCGACUUGAAUUCCGAGAUAGUCGACAAGACUUUUGCCGUUAAAGAUUUCCUUGAGAUCCUUGGAGCUGCAGUUCCCCUCCCUUCAGAUUUGCCCGUCGCUGUCCCUAUUGAAAUCGGCUGCAAGCGAUGUGCUACCACUGGACAGUUGGCACUCAACCAGGGUGCUUUCAACAUUGACCUAUCGCAAAUCGACCUGAUCCCCGAUAUAUUUCAAGGCGGCGACGACGGAAAAGAGAUCUCAAGCGUUAUCUCGGGCGGUUUUGUGGAGCUUGUAGCUACUGGCGUAGGCGCGCGAUUGGAUCUGUUCGCGCGACCAUCUGCCAACGGCGCGUUCGAAAUUGCUCUAAUUCAACUUCCCAUCGCCGGCUUUGUUAUCCCCGGAAUUGGAAAUGCAGGCGCUAUCUUCGAGCCCAGGAUCGCAGCUGAAUUUGAGGUCAGCGGUGGGCUUGAGGUCAACUAUGGACUCGAACUCAAUGUGCCUGAUAAUUCCAGGCUCCGGGUCGAGCUCACCAAUCUCGGUGCUAGCAGUCUUGUCGGUUUCCAGGACACCACUCUUACCCCCCUGCCUGUCACUGUGAACAUUACAGACGUUGAUGUUACCCUCGGUCUUACCUUCAAGCCUGCCAUCCCAAUUGGUUUCGAUUUCCUCGGCCAGUUGUCUGCGGAGGUCACUGCUACUUUGGACUUGCCUCGUCUGGAUGCAAAGCUCUCGACCAACAUUGCGGAGAAUUGUGCUAGCGGCGACAACGCCACUGUUCCAUCUGCACCAUAUGCAAACAACACGAAGCAGCUGUCUCCUGAUCUUAUUCAGCUGGGUCCUAUUGCCUUAGUCGAAGCUAAUGUCUCCAUUUCCUGCGAUCUCAGCUUUGACGUCUCCAUUCCGAUCCUGCCACCACCAUUCAACAAGGUCAGCGUCGCACGAAACGUUUUCAAGGCAGAAUUCCCUCUCGUCUCGGAGUGUAAGUCGCCAGAGACUGCUUUCGAUGAUGCAUCGGGCAUCGUUGUUCCUGCGCCCCCGGUUGUUGCGCCCCCAGCUGAGAGCGAAUCCGUCGCUCUGGAGCCUCCAGCGAACGCUACUUAUGUGCCAGUCCACACAGUCCCAGUGGUGAACUACACAAUCUCUUCGACGGUAGCCUUAUCUGCUGCUACCACCCUAAGCAGCGUAGUCUACACAGCUCCUGCAUAUAUACCUGCUCCUGGUAAUUCAGCCAGUACAAAUUGCUCAACUACCCCAAGCUAUACAGCUACCCCAGACGUGAGUGCGACGGCCAGCAUGACUAAUGCGAGUAUAUCCACAGCCCCGUAUCUAAACAUUUCCGCUAGUUACACUAGCGCUACUUACCCAGCGCCCUCUGAACCGGCUUCGACCACCAUAAUGGCCAGCAACAGCAGCAGUAGUACCGCGCUCGCAAGCUCUUACGUCAAUUCUAAUUCUACGGCGAUGAUCAACUAUCCCAUUCCCGUCAUGUCGACGUCGUGCGAAAGCAGUUCGACCAGCAUAAUCACCACCACGUCCUACAUUACUUACAAUAUCUCAAGGACGAGCACGACGUCAGCUGCCGAAGCACCGACGCUGGAUGCUGGAUUCUCCUUCAGUCUCUUUUCAACAGUUAAUCCAGAGGCGGUUGCUCCGACUAGUAUGGCGGAGACUUCAUCUACACCAGAGUCCACAUCUACACCAGAGUCAAUACCUGCCUCUUCUUCGCCUGCUCCUGUUACCACUUCAUCUGAGGAGUCUGCAUCUUCGACUUCCUCACCUGCUCCCGCCGUGACUUCAUCGCCCCAAGAGUCCUCGGUGCCUACGCCGUCUUCUAUUCCCGCUGUUUCUUCCGCUAUUUCCUCCGCCGUCUCUACCGUUGUCUCCUCCGCUGUCUCUCCAUCUUCUACUCCCGCCGAGUCCUCCACUACUCCCUCGGAAUCCACUCCCGCUACCUCCUCAGCUGCCUCCUCACCAUCUUCACCCGCCGCAACAUCAACCCCAAUCGCUUCAAGCCAACCAUCCGCAUCCCAAACACCAUCGCGAUCGUCCCUGGCGCCACUGCCACCACCAAUACCUUUCAUGAGUGGCCCUCUCCCAUCGCUAGCAGCCACGCUCAGCGAAGCUCCCGGUUUCUUGGUUCCAACCAAUGCGAGUGCCCUGCCUGUGGUGCAAACAAGCAUCGUACCAUUUACCGGCGCCGCGUCCCGGGCUGUACAGAUACCAUACCUGGCAAAGCUUGGGAUCGAUUAUUUAUGGAUUGACAGUCUAUGCAUCGUCCAGAAUAAUGAGCAGGAUUGGAACCAACAAGCUUUGCGUAUGGCAGAUGUUUACCAAAACGCGUACAUUACCAUUGCAGCCGUCGCAGCCCGGAACUCAGAAGAAGGUCUGUUCAACGACAUCUCUGAUCGGCGAAUCAGUUAUCCUCUGCCUGAUCAUCCCUGGGUACAUGUCCGGAGACGCAUUCGAGUUCCUUCAAGAAAGCCUCAGUUUAUGGAUAUGUUAUCAGAUGACGGAUUUCCGUUAUACAAACGAGGUUGGGUGUUUCAAGAACUCAGCUUAUCGCCACGCGUCAUACAUUAUGGCCGCGAGGAAUUGAUUUGGCACUGUCGGGCGAAUUCAAGAUACGAGGGCGUUCCAAAGGGAUUCUAUAAUUUGCCAACACUUGUACGCGCAGACUUGAGGGGCUUUUCAACACAGCUUAUGUGGCACAAAAUUGUAGCAUCCUUUUCGUGGCGAAAAUUAACAUUUGAGAAGGAUAGGCUACCUGCUAUUGCAGCCUUCGCGACCCUAAUACAACCGCAAGACUGCGAAAAAAGAUAUAUCCACGGGCUUUGGGAGGAAACCUUACGCUCUGAUCUUUUGUGGUCCGUGGACACAUAUGGAGCCGGGCAAAAUACCCUCGGGUGUAGAUCGAACAGGUUACCAAGCUGGUCAUGGACAUCAACUGCACGCCCUGUGCAGUGGUGUAAUACCCCAUACCUUGAUAAUUGCCAGGAAAUUCCCUAUACAAAGAUCAAAGAGAUUUUGUACAGUACACGAGGGCCAGUCAUUCUUGGGGAUGCCAGGCAAGCGACCAUCGUAAUCCAAGCUCCUAUUUUGAGGCUUUGUGAUAUCAAAUUUGUAAGGUAUUCGUGUGAUUUGAUAGAGAACCUGCAUCAUGGUCUUGGGUGGUCCGCACCUCAAUGGGACACACCCAUAGAUGCUGAGAUUUACGGGAAACAGGACACGAAAGCACUCGCUAUACCUUUGCUAUCAAUGAAAAGGAACGUUGUCCGGCGAGAUGUGUGCCAAUAUAGAAACGCACUGCUGAUCGCAGAAACCAGCGAAAUUGGAAAGUACAAGAGGCUAGGAGUAGUUACAAUUGAUGUCGACAACGACGUUGAUUUUGAGACUGCGGUGCUCGAUUCACGAAAAGGACUCUCAGUGGAUGAAAAGGCGACGCGAGCCACAGCAAGGACAGAAAGAUACGAUCGUUUUAUGCAGGUUCUUGGAGAGAUGGAAACACAUACGAUCACCCUUCUAUGA